AUGGCCGACUCGACGAGGGUGAUCGGGAAGCCCAAGACAAAGCGGCCGAAGCGCCUAGCGUACAACCGCGCAAAGCAACAAGAGUACCGUCUGCGAAUCAAGGACGCCAUCGCGACGUGCCAGGCGCAGGUGGUGCAGCUGGAGGCCGAGCUACGACGAGUGGCCAGCAUCCCAGCGCCAUGUCGGAACCGCCCACGCGUGCCCACGUUGUCGUGGCAAGAUGUUGCUGAGGCGUUGGCCGACUCGGUAGACGACGUGCUGACGGACUACGCAAGUCUUGUCCGCGAGCGGGACGCACGGCAAGAACUGCUCCGACAGAUGCUAUCGUUUGUCGAGAUCCAUCAUCACGUCGGUCGGUCGGCCUUGUCGGGAACCGACCGCAACUGGACAAACGUAACCCUCCUGACCCACGCUGCGUCGCGCCGGCUGGGCAUGGAAUGGAUCACGGGGCAUUUGUACCACAACACGGAGCGCAUGCUUGCGCGGUUUGCGUUUCCGCCGCCGCUCGAUGCCGUCGACGACUGUGUCGUGGACGCGUCCGACCUCGACUGUAUGCAGUACGCCAUGCGAUAUCAGCGGGAGAUCCGCGCGCCCUUGGAUGCCACCGCCGCCCUCAUUCGGACCCUUGAGCGGCAAGGCGACCCCAUCGAUGCGCAUCUGUGGCCGGCAGAUGGAUCGGCCAGGUACCUCCGCGGGGCGAACGUGUACGAACUGUCCCGCGAAGUUGCCGGGACGCAUGGAACCCGUCGUCGGGUGGUAUUUGUCCGGCAAAACAUCCACGACGACGCGACCUUGCCAUCGUUUGCUGUGCAGCGCAAUCGAAUGUCAUGGAUUGUGUUGGACGAAGUCGCGGGCGGCGCCUCGACCAACCUUCGCGUGCUCAGUGUGCAUUCGCAUCACUUUUAUACCGACACGGGGCAGUUCCUGCCCCUGGCCGACGAAGCCAAGCUGUGGCGGUCCCUCCUCGACAGCGCGACACCCGCCCACCUGCAGUGGCCGCGCUACAUCCAGCACAUGACUGCCGUCGCCCGAAGCUUCACGCAGCGCCUGUUUGCAAACCUGGAAACCAAACGCCCGACUCUGCCGCGCUAG